AUGAAGAGGUUGCAAUCGAGGCCGGACCUUGUUUACUGCAUAUCGAUUUACCGAGGAAGUCGACAUGCAAAAUGGAGGCCUGCCCACAGACGACGACAGGAGAGGGGCGGCCCUUCGUUUGACUCAACGGGACUAUGGGACGUCAUUUCACUUCACUAUAAUCUGUUGCAGGGUUACCUAUCAGAAGCUGGUGCAUCUUUAGUUGACAAGAAACUUGGAUUGAACAUCGUACCUACCACAGCUGUGGUGGAGUUGGCAGCACCGACGUUCUACUAUGGAAGGUUGGAUCGCGCAAAGGCGAGGACAAAGGAGCGCAUUCAGUCGAGAUAUCCCGAUCUUGGUCGACGCUUCCACAGAAUUGGCCUUCCUCCUAAGAAAGGCAGUUUCCAACUGUUUGUCACGGGAUACCAAGAUGCAUCGCACUGGCUACGAAUAUGGGACAGCUAUCCAGAACAAGCACCUCCG